AUGUCGAAAUCGCCAUGGGGAAAUAUCGGCGCUUGGGCCGCCGAAGCGGAACAAGCCGAAGCCGAGGAACGGGAACAGGCAGUACAAGCUGCUGCCGCUCAAGACGGAGUAGGUGGAGGAGGUAAUUUUCCAAGCCUGAAGGAGGCGGUGAACACGAAGCAGAAGAAGAAAACCAAGAUGAGCUUGCAGGAGUUCACGAUGCAAUCCAGUUAUGGCUCCGGCUCGGCUCCUCCUAGCCGUGGCUUGACUCCUGAUGAAAUGUUCCGGCUACCCACUGGACCCAAGGAGCGUUUACCUGACGAAAUGCAGCACGAGAGGCUCGGUGGAGGGUUUCCUAGUUAUGGAAACCGAGCGGGAUCCGGCGCGGGAUACCCGGAUCGGCGGACCCGGGAGUUUGAAAACCGAAGAUCUUAUGGAGGAGGUUUUGAGGACGAAAAUCGCCGAGGCGCGACUAGGGUUUCGGAAUUCGAUCAACCUUCGAGAGCUGAUGGAGUUGAUAACUGGGCAUCGGCGAAAAAAGCCCUACCCGAAUACACUUCGGGUCCAACGGGUCGUCCUGCAAGGCAUGGUUCACUCGGAGGAUCCUCCGACGGCUUUUCAAGGGCCGAUGAAGUGGACAAUUGGGCUGCUAAGAAGAAACCCAUUGAGCAACCUCCACUACCCCAACAGGCGAGAUCUUCCGGGCUCAGGAGUCCUGAGCCUGAUCGCUGGACUCCAAAUGAAGGUGCACGUCAGAGAUUGGUUCCGGACCCUCCCAAAAGUAAUCCUGGGGGUGGUACUGAAGUGGCAGUUAAAGUGAACAGGUCGAAUCCAUUUGGGGCCGCAAGGCCGAGGGAGGAGGUUUUGGCGGAGAAGGGAUUGGAUUGGAAGAAAUUGGAUAAGGAAAUUGAAGGGAAGAAGCAACAGCAUUCUGUUAGCGGUAGUAGGCCUACUAGCUCACACUCGAGUAGGCCUGGGAGUGCUCAUUCGAGCAGGUCAGAGAGUCUCACAACAUUGCAGCCAGGGAUGGCUGAAGGGACAGUGAAGCAAACACCGAAAGUGAACCCAUUUGGAGAUGCUAAGCCUCGGGAAGUCUUGCUUGAGCAGAAGGGCUUGGAUUGGAGGAAGAUUGACUUGGAAUUGGAACGACGACGUGUUGAGAGGCCCGAAACAGAAGAGGAAAAAAGUUUGAAGGAAGAAAUUGAACACCUGAAAAAGGAAUUCCUGGAAAAAUCUGGUCAAGAGCAAAGCGGUUUACAGGCUCUAAUUUUUGAAAGAGAGAAGGACUUGGAACUUCUGAUGCAGGAAUUGGAUUACAAAGUUCAUUAUAGCCAGAAAAUGGUUGAAAGGCCAAGUUCUGUGGCUGGUAGAGGAGCUAUCUCUAUUGAGAGACCUAAUUGGCCUGCAUCAUAUGAGGAUCCCAGAGCUGGUUUUCCAGAGAGACCUCCUUCCCGGCCAGGAGCACACGAGGACCCUAGAGCUGUCUAUUCUGAGAGACCACGUUCUCGACCUGGCUCGUCUGAGCAGUAUAUGCCCGGAUUUCCUGAUAGGUCUUCCCGGCCUGGAGUGUAUGAAGAGUCCAGAGCUGGCUUUCCUGAGAGACCUUCCCAAUCUGAAUCAUACGAAGAGUCCCAAGCUGGCUUUCCUGAUGGAUCUCCUUCCCUAUCGGGGGCAUCUCAAGAGCCUAGAGCUGUUGACUACAUGGAGAGGCCUCGAUCCCGUGGCACUGUAAAUUCGUGGACAAGGCUGAGUGAUGACAGAAGAGCUUCUCAAGGUGGUGGGGGUAGAGGAUUUGUGGGCAGCAGAGACAUGGACAGGUCGAGGUCAAGCUUUUAUUUAACUCUCACACUUUGGUUCCGAGGAAUGGAGCUAGAAUUAGCAAAUACUGACUCUAAUUGUAAUGCACAUGCACCUGGCCACCCCAAUUUUGGCUUGUUUUCUUAA